UGUUGAAUUUACAUUCCCUGAACCCGAAAUGGUCCUUUCGUCCCUUUUCAGCCAAUAGAUCUAUACAUAUUAUGGACAACAUGACGCGUUUGUGUUGUUACGAUUGAUGAUGGUACUUUUUAGACGCCAUUUUGGAUUGAGUGUGUCAUACGAACGUGCUGUGUGACGGGAGCACUAUUUCACUAGGAUGGCUAUAGGUUUGACAGACAUGUGUGUGGUGGUGAGGAAUUGUUUAACCGCUCUGAUGCUAACAAUUUGGGCGGCGUCAUUGAUUGUGGUGAUCAACACAGAUCUAACCUAUGCAAAGACCUUGACCUUCGGUGAUGAUGUAGUGGAUCACGUUCUGGUUAGACGAGACGUCAGUAUCGGAGAGAACACAACUAAAGCAGACAUAACCGGAUAUGACGUCAAAAAUGACACACUGAGUCAGUUAAUGGAAAAAUACAAAACGACACAACGUUAUAAGGAUGAUCCGGAGUUUAAGCCUACAAUGUGUGUAAAUAUCAACAAAACAGACAAUGACACCAUAGAUGGACAUUUCCUUUGUCCAAUGGCAAAUGAUACACAAGAACAGACAGAAUGCUGUGGUGAGACGGAAAAACAAUUAUGUUGCAAACCGGAAGUACAUGGAGGCCGGAAACCACCUGCUUAUGACGAAACAACGAUGCUUUUCAUGUUAAUUCCACUGUUCCUGAUCCCAAUAGGCCUUUGUCUGAUUCUCUAUUGUUGCUGCUGCCAACGUAGACCGGAAAUUCAUACCGGGAAAUUAGUGUGGAUACGAAAAUCCAAUAAAAAGGAAAUUUACUUAUCCGAGGGAGGGAUAAAUCCGACAGAACAGCCUGAUACUGAACUUAUAGGAUUUACCGAACGUGUAGAAGGACACAAUGGCACGGAUCAUUCACACCUACCAAGCUCACCUGAUAUAAGCAAGUCCGGAAAUACCGAAGAGGAGGGUGCAAAAACACACGUGGCUCAUUCAGGCCAGGAGAUGACCGUACCUUUAAUUAAUAUUCAGGCUAGUACUCCAGACCAGUAAGGACAUUUUGUCAUCCUUAACAGACAAACAGUAAACUGUUACACAGAUUCUGGACAUUAUGAUGACCACUUGGAUUCUACUGCCGAGAAGAAGUUACAUUUUCCAACUUUCAGUAUUCUUGUUUAUACUGUAUACGUACCUAUUUUGGAGAGCUCAACGUUUAGCGCAUCGCCGAAUUAAAACAUAUUAGCUAAAUGAUGAGUAAGAAUAUUAAAAAUGCUUGCCAUGGUAAAAAAUGAACAGGAACUAUAAUUUGCGCAAUAAUAAUUCUGGAAAUCUUCCAGCGCAAAGAUCAUUAAAAUAAGAUUCUGACUAAAAUAGGUACAUUUACAGUAGGUUUAAAAUGUCGUAGACUAAUUUGUUACCCAAUUGAUCAUAAAAGAAAAUGAGCAUAAGGUGUUUGAAAAAAGUCCACUUUGAAGAAUUAUAAAGAACAAGAGUACGAAUAAUUGAGGAAUUCAGUUCAGCUAUAAGCUAUAUACUACUGAAAUGUACAAUGUCCCGAGUGAUAUUGUCCUGAAAUAUAAGCAUAGAUAAACAUGAUACAUAAAUAAUUCAAUUGAAUUAAUAUAUAUGUAGGAAAUGGAUAUGUCAAAAUACAUUUACCAAUAGAAGUCCUGUAACCUUCUAAUUUUAGAGAUGGUCUUAAUUUUGCACUUAAAGCACAUAAUUAUGACUGUGUUAUCUGAAUAUCUUAAAAUGUAGUCAGUACAAAUGUGUAACACGUCAUACUAUAUGUUGCAACAGUUCCUGUUAAGAGACAAUGCUUUCCAGUGCGUCGUCCGCUAUGGCAGAGUCGCCAUAGUUGUAAGCGGUACAGCCAACAAAAAUCAACUUCAGAGAGAGCUUAAAAAUUGGCCAACCAAAAUACAUCCGUUUACAGUAAUAUUUCUUUCCUGAUUAUUGCAUUUUGGCAUCAUUCAUUUUAGUGACAAAAUAAAUUUAUUUGAAAAUGUCUUAAAAUAUCUGUUGUACAUUUGAUGGCGGUAUCUGCAGACAGGUACAUGUAACUUUGGUUUAUAUCGAUUUUAAAAUGUACACCUAAAUCAAUUGUCAAUUCCCAUCUAUCUAAAAUCAUGCCUUAAAAGCGUUUCAUGUGUAAGGGAUAGGCUUAGAUAUGCUUUAAAAACAUCCUAGUACAAUUCGUUCUAAUCAAUAUCAUGUAGUCGUGUAUUCAUUGCAAGCAAGGACUUUGGUCGUUUUGAUGUCUGUUUCAUUUACAUUUUACAUUUAGCAUGUAAGGCCUCUUACGGAAUUAGAAUUCAAAUAUUAAAAUUAAUAUACUUACUCCAAAUCAAAUAUCCAUGAAUCAUUAUGCAACGUUUGUGCAAUUCUACUUUCAAAAUAAAGGUACUUAGUUUAGUUAUAAUCAAAGCAUGUCUUCAAAUAUCUCUUCAUUAUAUUGCUAUUUUGAAUUAUAUUAUUUAACUGCAAUAGUAUUUUCAAUGUGAUUUUUUAACGUUUGAUAUUUUACAUGAUAUAUAGUGAAACAAUUCAUAUACACGGUAGCUUGCUCAAUAUAUCCCUUACUUUGAAUUUGUAAAACUGAAUCUAAUGAUUUUGAAAAUAUUCAUUCCCUUAUUCAUGUUUAUUCAAGUUUAGCUGCUUAUACAAUUAUUCACAUAUUCUUUAUUUGGUUUCCACGAAGUAAUACUCCCUGUAUCGAAAUGUGACAAAGUGUAUUGAAAACAAGAAUAGGCUUUUAUAUAUUUGUCACCAAACCAAAAGUUAUAUAAUUUACGCUGUCACCACCAUAAAAAAAACUUUAGCCUUAAGUAACUUUUGGUCUUCUAUCUGAUUAAUUAAGGAUGCUGUUGUCUUUUCCUUUCAUUUAUUGUUUCAAUUUUGGCGUAAUUCAUAGGUGUAUAUUUAACCCGUGUGUGUUUGUUUUUGUUUUUGUUUUUAUAAUUUUGUGCAUUUUCGUGACAAUUGAGUAGAUCUAGUUUACAAGUUUUCGGUGAUGUAGCAUUUUUAAACAAAACGCAACGUACCUACAGUAUUGUAAGUUUGGAUAAUAUUCCUCUGUAUAUACUGUAUACCUUUUUAUUUCACAUAAUCAUGUUCUCAGUAAAACGGUAUGGGCAUUAUAGAUGUGUGUGAACAGUUACAUGUUUUUAACUACUUAUAUUGCUGUCGUUUUCAUUGUUGUCUAACAUAUCACCGCUACAUGUAUAUUUAUUUACUAACUAUAUAUAUAUCACAUAAAAACGUGGUCCGCCAAUCCAGUCACAUUCCUGUCAAGCCAUUCUCUAACUAAAUUUUACUAUGCUUUAUUAUUUCAACCUUAAGAAAAAGAAAUGGAAUAAUACCCAAUUGACCUCAUGAUAGAGGAAUUUAGAAGCUGACAAGUUUUAAAGAAUGGGAUAAGCGCAUAGUGACUAGUACUGGGUAAGCGGAACUGCAUGAGAACACGCCACCUUUUGGAUAAUGGAUGAGCGAGUUUAUGGCGGGAAUAUUUUAAAGGGCCUAGAGUCCGAAGGUAUUGGAGACUGUUUUCCUAUGCAAGGGAUACUCUACCAGGUCAUGCAUGUAUAUAUGCAACAACACAGAUUGGUUUAUUAUUUUACUUUAUGAUAAAUAUCACCAAAAUCAGAUAGAAAAAAAGUUAAUAACCACUUUCUCUGCAAAAAAUAUCCUAAGCUGUAUAUUUAGGCAGACGAAGUAUUUCAUGAGCUUGAUUUGACACCCUUUUCUUAUAUAUAGUUGUAUUAUUUUGACCUUGGUAAGAACUUUACGAGUGAAACUAUUGUACUUUAAAAAUAGAAAUCAAAUGUUUACUUUUUAUAUUAAAUAUACAAUUGAAGUGACACUUUAUAUACUUUGAUAGAAUGGAUCGUUUCAAAGAAGUCCAUUCACGGUUUUAUCAACCUAAAUACUGUUAUUCUCGCUUGAAUAUUUAAAGGUUAAUGACAUGAUGUGUCGACCUUGUCAAAAGUUUAUAACUGUAUAACAUUUUCUGAAGUAAUGGUUAAUUCUGAAAAAAACAUCAACAUUGAAAUUUUGAAGAGUUGUUUCGAUUUCUUAUUAAGGUUGUACUUUUUCAUUCCUUUUUAAUAUUUUGACAUAUUUCAUCCACUUUGAAUUCUGUAAUUACUGGUAACUCUUUGAGCUGUAGUCCUUUGAAUGUCACGUGUUUAAGGAAUAAGUACUAAUUUACAACUUGUGAAUGAACUGUAAAAGUUUGUACCAGACAUAAAAUCUAGAGUGCUUUCAAGGAUUGCUAUGCGACCAAGAUGGCCGACUUAGAACUGUCUUUGUUGGCGAUGGACGUUUGCCACAUCCGCAAUAUUCUCUGCUUUCUUGGGAAAAAAAUACACAAAACACAUUCCUAAUAUUAUUCACUGUGUGUAGUAUAAUCAAAAUACAAUUUAUAAAAUAUUAUUCGUCUCGCUUCCCGUCCUAACCAUGUGUUGGUGUGUUGUAUUACGAAUGUCAUGUUGCUAGUAUUGGUGCACUUUUACUUGUAAACUGAAAUAUUUAAAAUGCCUUUUUAAAAACCUGUUAUGUACAGUUGUGUAUAUCUCAUGAAAUGUAUCUUCUCACUAUAUACUUAGCGGAAGGUAGACGAUGUCAGUCGUUUGUUUUGUAAACGUUGUUACCUGGAAGCACUUCACAAUCAAAAGAAGGUAUUUAGAUUCUACAAUCAACUUUGAUUUUUUUCACGACACAAAGACAAUCCUUAGAAAGCUACAUAUUAUUGUUUGUAUCUGAAUGGGGGUUGGGGUUGGUUGGUU